AUGGCUAUUAAAGAAGAAACAAAUGCAUUUAGUCAAGGUCACGAUGGGAACUCCCAAUCAACCAAUAACAGUAACAACAACAAUAAUAAUAAUAAUGCUGAUGCUUCUGCACCAGUAGAUGAUGAAGAUGAUGAUGAUGGUACUUCUCAAGGUAAAACUCAAAAGGAAAGAAGAAAGAUUGAAAUUAAAUUUAUUCAAGAAAAAUCAAGACGUCAUAUUACUUUUUCUAAAAGAAAAGCUGGAAUUAUGAAAAAAGCUUAUGAAUUAUCAGUAUUGACAGGUACUCAAGUUUUAUUAUUAGUUGUUUCUGAAACUGGAUUAGUUUAUACUUUUACUACUCCUAAAUUACAACCUUUAGUAACUAAAUCUGAAGGGAAAAAUUUGAUUCAAGCUUGUUUAAAUGCUCCUGAAGAAGGAUUAGGUGAAGAUCAAGAAAAUCAAAGUGAUGGAAAUACUGGUGAUUCACCUGAUCAAAGUCCUGUUCCAGCAACCAAUCCAAAUGUAAUGGGUGCUGCAGGUCAUGCUCAUCACAUUCAACAAGCUCAACAACAACAAGCUCAACAACAAGCUCAACAACAACAAGCACAACAAAUGGCUCCAAUAUCUUCUCAUGGUUUACCUACACAUUAUUCUAAUCCUCAAGGAACUGGUAAUCCUGGUGUUGUACCUCCUCAACAACAAGGUCAACAUCAACCUGGUAUUCCAUUACAAGGAGGUUAUAAUGAUCAAUAUCUGUAUUUUGGUAAUAUUCAAAAUAACAACAUACCUAAUCAACAACAAUAUCAAUGA